CAGGGUGCACCUCUGAGAACAAACCAACCAUGCCUAGCUCAGUCACACUGCGUUUUCUCUUCUCUUGGGUGGCCCUCCUCUCCAGCCUCCAUCAGGGGGAGGGCCGGCCCCGCCUGGCCAAAGACAGUACACCCCACCUGGGGCAGGAGGAGAGCCAGAGGGCCCUGCUCCUGGAGGCAGUGAAGACAGGCAUCUUGAGCUCCGUGGGGAUGGAGAAGGAGCCCAGGCCCAGGGAAUUGGCUUCAGAGGAGGAGCUGAGGAGGAUGCAUCAGCUCUACAGGGAAACACUGAGGCAGCUGACAGGGAACUCCAGUCAAGGGGGGGAAUCCCGGCAUUCCCUUUGGAGGACAUCCACCCUGCUUCUCCCAGCCACAGUGGAGCCUUUCAAAGUGCUUCGGACUGAUGAGGAACACACAUCAGAUGUGCUUUGGUACAGAGCUGUCUUCCACAAGAACCCAGACAUCAGGAAGGAUCUCACUUUGGCCUGGGCUGAGCUGAAGCUCUACAGACAAUUGUUGGAUGGCUCGAAAGCUGCCGAGCCCACGAUUAGUGAAGAGGUUCAUGUUAAGAUCUAUGAGACGAAACCGCUGAACUCUUCUCUAUUGAUUCACACAGAGACCCUUGUUCAGACGGUCGCUACAAGAACUGGAGAUUUGACUUUGGACAUCAGAACUGUUGUUGAAAAGUGGAGAGGGAGGACGGACGGCUCCUCUCUAGUUGUGGAAAUAGGACUGGCCAUCGAAGAGGGUACUGAUCCCAAGAGGACCCCUCAGAUGGUCCUGGAGGUAGACCUUGUAGAGCCUAGAUCAGCAGGCAGAAGGAGACGGACUCGCUCCAACAAAGAAGACAACUGCGAUGAAGACGGUCGCUGCUGCCGAAAGUCUGUCAACGUGUCCUUCAAGGAGAUUGGCUGGUCAGACUGGGUCGUUGCCCCCGAUGGUUACAACAUGCACUUCUGUGACGGCUCCUGCCCCCACAACUACAAGCCAGCAAGCAUGCACGCGCAGGUGAAGUCUCGUCUUCAUCACAUCAACAAGGGGGCAACACCUCGGCCCUGUUGUGUGCCGGCAGCCUAUGAACCUAUGGUCCUCAUGCACUACGACAGUCGGGGAAAGUUGAAGCUCACACCCUUCAAUGACUUGAUUGUCAGCAAAUGCCACUGUGCUUGAGUUCUUCGGGACAAGACCAGGCAAGGACAAAAAAAGAGAGUUGGAACAAACUUUUUCCUUUUGCCGAGCCAUUAGAUACAAUGUGCUAGUGGUACAUUCUGAAAUAGAAGCGAUACUGUUUUCAAAGGAAGUAAGAAAAUAACAGUUGUCAUGCUCAAUUUGUGACAUUCCUAGUGUCGUUUUCAAUGGUUAAACAAACAAAAAUACCCAACAUCAUCCAUCAUCCAUGGAUUCAUAGGUUCAUUGUAGGUUCAUUGUAAAACAAUUCAAGUUACUGUGGAGUGAUGAUUCUGAUAUGUACUAUUUUAUUUGGAAGAUUACACUGAUGUUAGUCUUAUGUGGCCCGUAAUGUCAUAUUCUUCCAAGACUAUGUACACAAUUACAUUAUUUAUUGUAAUUUAUUUAACAGGGUCUAAAACAUAUUUGUAUUGUUUGUAGUUUUCCAAUGUUACAAUAUUUAGUAUGUUCCUUACAUCACUGUACUUUAAAUAUAUAUUCAAUUGAAUUUAAUGCUAUGUACAGUAUUAUUUCCAAACAUUUUGGAAGUUUGUCCAGAGAAAAUAUACUAUUCUUUAACAUUUCAAUAAUAGUAGUAUGGAUGUUACUACUGUUUAUGUUGGGUCGUUGUGCCUGAAUCCAUCUGUACACAACCUUUACAAUAAAUAUUUUUACAUACAAAUUAUGUUUUUACCCCAUGUGUUUAAUUCCUUAGCAACAGCAACAGAACUUGACAUUCUGACAAGAUGUGUGUGUUAUUGUGCUUCGGGAAACCAUCUAGUCAGAUAAUAUUUCAAGGUUAGGGUGUGCCGUGAAAUACAUAUAUGAUAGUCAAUAUCAUGCAGCUGUAGCCUUGAAACCGUUCAUACUGUGCACUCUUAGAAAAAAAUGAUGCUACUUAGAACCUAAAAGAACGAACAAAACAUGCUGAAAAGCUGCUGUGUUGUUCAAUGAACAUGUAACCCGGUCAAAAAAUCCCAACCUACGGUUCACAAUGCUUCCAAGUUGGGAAAUAGAGCCUGCGAGAAGAGCCCUGUGGCUUCAGGCUAUUCAAUGUGGAAGAGUAGAAAAUUGUGGGCAGCUGGUGUCCAAGAAGCUGCACGUAGCUAGUUAUCUGUGUGGAAAACGUUUAAUCACAGGUGGGGCGAGGCUGCGACAUUCUAUCUAAUACCGACUGGGAGUAUAGGAGAACCCUUUGAAUGACCCUUUUUGGUUCCAGGUUAGAAGCCUUUCUGGUUCCAUGUAGGACCUUUUUCACAGAUGGUUCUAUGGGGACAGCCGAAGAACAAUUUUGGAACCCUUUAUUCUAAGAGUGUAGCCUUGACCAAGGAGUGAAUGACCUACGCGACAAACGAGUAGUGUUUAGUUUUGCAUGACAGUAAGAAUAGCACACUGCACACACGAUGCAAUGCAUUGUAAACUCAGCCCCAUGAACAGAUAUAAUAUCUUUAAACAAUAAAUCAAAUGUAUUUUAGUGUAACGUAAUGAUAAAGGAAUAUGAAAGGCAACACUGUAUUUUGAUAACCACAAUUCAAUAUUAUAGCGAUACGUUCGGAUAAAUAAAUAAAAAACAAAUCAUGCUAAAGAUACUGUGUGAGA